AUGAGAUUCCCAGCACUGACUUGGGCGGCGUGGGCCCUGCUCCUUGCCAGCAGCAGAGCCAUGGAGAUAGAGGAGAAGAUCCAGGCGAGCCUGAUGAAGCAGCUGCACCUUAACGACAUCCCGGUCCUGGAAAAGACGGACGUGGAGAAGCUGGUCAUCCCCAAUCACGUGAGGACCAAAUACAUCUCUCUUAUGAAGCGCAGCUCCGAGGAAACCUUCUCCCGGGGGAAGAGGCACAGCCAGAACAUUGCAGAAAUCAUGGGCAGCUUUUUCUCUGAUGCCACCAACCAACUACUAGUCUUCAGCAUGAAGGACAGGCUUUCCCCCACCGGAGAACUGGUCCAGGCUGUAUUGAGACUCUUUCAGAAGCCAUGCCCAAAGGAAGUGAUUAAGAGACAAUCUAAGAUGUUCCCCUUCAAUUCCCAUGCCAGCGUAACUAUCUACUGGGUGCAGACCAGAGAGGAUGGCAUCAACCGGACAUAUGUGAUUGAUUCCAGACGAGUACCUAUUCAUGAAACCGGCUGGAUAAGCUUUGAUGUGACCCAAGCUGUGAGUUACUGGCAGCAGCAGGACAAGGCAGAUCAGCCCCUGGUCCUGGAAGUCUCUAUCCACAAGGAAAACAUAGGCCCAAUGUCUUCCAAUGAACACAAAUUCACCUUCUUCUCCCAGAAUCCUGCUGAUGGAGAGUUGCUUGCUCCCCAGCUGCAGCUGCAUACACUGGAUACAAAGGAGUACGGUGCCCAGGGCAACUGCAUCCCUAACAUGCCACUGACAAAGAUCACUCGAUGCUGUCGGCAUGAGACUUACAUCAACCUUCAGAACUUGAAGUGGACUGAGAACUGGAUCUUGGACCCACCUGGCUUCAAAGCCUACACCUGCGUGGGGAGCUGCCAGCAGCUGAAGAAGGAGCACCUGAACUUCAAGUGGCCUUUCUCUAUGCAAAGGAAAUGCUUUGCCACAAAAUCUGCCCCUCUACCUUUGAUUGUUGCUGUUAAGGAUGGAGACAGCAUCGUGACCAAGGUGGUUACCCUUUACAACAUGAAGGUGUUGGAAUGUGGCUGUGCCACAGAAGGAAUGCCCAUAAUGAAGAAACUGAAGCCAUAG